CUGCAGGUCCGUUCACAGCCACCGUAGAGCCAAUGUGUACGCACGCGCCCGUCUCAAAUCAACAAUGGCGGCCUCCUUUGGCGUGUGUAGGUUACGUUUCAGGGCUUUAGGGGGGCUUGAUAAAUUUGGUCUUGGACUGGAACCUCAAACGCAAGUAAGAUUCACUUCGACUACAUCAGCAAUCAAAGCCCAGACAGAGAACAAGGCAGCGAAAGCCGCCAAGGAGAGUAAAACAUUUCAAGCAAUCCAAGAGGAGAGAAGAGAAGAAGCUGAAAGGUCUGUUUUGAUCAGCUGUCCGCCUAAGAUAAACGAAAAGAAGUUUUUAGAUUACCUGUCUAAACAUGGGACAAUCAACAGACAUUUCUUCUACAAUAGCUACGGAGCAAAUGCAGUAGUUGAAUUCUCCAGCAGAGAGAGCAUUGCCUCAUUGAAGGAGAGCACUAAUAUACCAGCUGUUGAACAUGAAGCUUCAGUGCCUUUCAAAUCUCGCCUGCUGUCAUUAAAAUGGCCAGGCAGUCAGUCGAGCAAUCAUCCCAUGCCCAAGUUCAAAGAGCAGUCCCCUCCAUCCAUCAAUGAAAUCACUCAGCUGCUCUCGGAAAAGGACAGUAUAGAUGAACAACUGCAGUGUCUGACAGAGACCUUGCAGCUCACAGAAGAGAACAUAAGUCUGCGCUUCCUUGUUUGUUCUCUGCUUCGAGACAUAGCUGGAGCAUAUUUUCCAGAAUGCAUUAUCAGGCCUUUUGGCUCCUCUGUCAACAGCUUUGGUAAACUGGGCUGUGAUGUUGACAUGAUUCUGGAACUUGAUGGCAUCUAUGCAACAAGCCAGAAAAAGGUCAGUGCUGUGGACUACCUAAGUAGAUUAGGAUAGUUUACACAAAAUUGUAUC